AACAGGAAAAGAAUGCUGUUGAUUUUCUGUUUGUGAAACACAGCAUCAAGGCGUGUCUGUUUUAUCCAGUGGAACAGGAGUAUUUGUUAAUUCUCAUGGAGUCAGAAGCACGGGAAGUGGCGUGUAUAGUUAACGACAUGUCGGAUAUGGUGGUGGUUGAUCUGGAUUCUACCGUUACAGCCGAGCUCGACACAGAGGACGGCCUCCCCGAAGAGGCCCGUAAUGUGUCAGACGUAGCUCACGCUCUGUUUCAGAACGAAGACGAUGAAGGUGAGGAUGAUGGUGAUGACAGUGGCACAGAUCACUUCAGUGAAAAGUCUGGGACCCAGCUGCAGAGAUGUGAGCGACGAGGGAGCUCCAGACUUCCUGACACCUUCCAGACCAGCAACCUGUUAUUCUACGAGAGGUUUAAAGCUUAUCAGGACUACAUGCUUGGAGAUUGCAAGCCCUCAGAGGUGCAAACCUUCACAGCAGAUUACCUGGACAAGGUGUUGGAGCCAUGUGACUGGUUAGCUUUAUGGUGCACUGACGUGUUCGAUGUUCUGGUGGAGGUGAAGGAUUUGGACCUAAAGGAUCUGAAGGCUUGUGUGAAAUUAGUGCUGCCUCUGCAGUGUGGCACCAGAGACUGUGAAAUAACUGAGGAGGCCAUGAACGCUCUCCUUGAAGACACUCAGCACAAAGUGUCCCUGCAGGAGCUGCAGGUGGUCUACGAAGAGUCUGGAGACUUUGACCAGACUGCUCUGGCUCUCGAGCACCUCAGGUUUUUCUAUAAACACAUCUGGAGGCAGUGGGAUGAGGAAGACGAGGAUGAUGACUUUGACUAUUUUGUUCGUUGUGUGGAGCCUCGUCUCAGAUUCUACUACGACAUCUUGGAGGACAGAGUUCCAGCCGGCCUGGUGGCAGAGUACGAGUCCUUACUAGAAAACUGCUCCAAGUGCUUCCAGCAGUUUUCAGAGCUCCGCAGCGGCCUCUGUGCUGACUCGGACUCUGAGCUGGACAAUGUGUCAAUGGUGGAGGGUCUGAAGCUCUGUGACCAGCUGGAGACAUUCAAACGCAAGCUACACAUCAUCGAGAACCCCCUGCUGAGGUAUGUGCUGGCCUACAAAGGAACCUCCGGGCAGCAGUGCGUACAGAGCCGUGGGCUCAGGGCUUCAGGUAUGAAGGUGGUUCAUGUGGUGACGGCGUCCUGCAGCAUCAUCCAGCUCCAAUCUCUCCUCAGUGCACGACUGAUUUCCCUGUGCUCCUCAGAGGACACCGAGAUCCAGUUCCACAAAGAGCCAGUGUCGGCUGUGGAUGCGUGUCACCAGGACGACUUGGUGAUCAUUCUCCCAGGAGUCUACAGCGUCAGCAGCUCCAUCUUCAUCCCAGACUCCAUCACCAUCGAAGGAUUUGGGUUUCCUGAUGAAGUUGUCAUUGAGAUGAAAGACAAAGGUGACUCGUUCGUGGAAUCUACAGGAGCGGAUGUCAGACUGUCCAACAUCAAGUUCAUCCAGCACGAUGGCAUCGGAGGCAUUCUGUGUGUGCGUCAAGGUACUGUGAACAUGGAGAACUGUGUGCUGCAGUGUGAGACCACUGGCGUGAUCGUGCGAACAUCUGCACGUCUUACCAUGAACAUGUGUGACCUGUAUGGCUCCAAGGGGGCAGGUGUGGAGAUUUACCCCGGCAGCGUCUGCAGUCUGGUUGGGAACGGCAUCCAUCACUGUAAGGACGGGAUCCUGAUCAAGGACUUUGCCAAUGAGCUGGAUGGCAUGCCAUCCAUCACCAUGGAGAACAAUGCUAUUCACAACAACGAAGGCUUCGGGGUGAUUCUGGUGAAACCAGGAAAUGGAGAACCUCUUCAGGUUACUGCUGACAGAACUGAAGAAGAUACUACUGCAGAUAUGGCUAAGGACAAGCAGCAGGAGGGUGAUGCAGAUCCACACUCCACCACAUCAUCAUCAUCAUCAGACACACCUACCAGCAGCAGCGCCACACCUGUUCAGAUGGGGUCGGCUGAAAGCAACAGCACAGAUGGAGACGUGGCCUCCGUCACAGGCAGGAAGUGGCAGCUCAGCCGUCAAAUGAGCCGAAACAAGGAGGCGUCCUGCAGCCGACCGGUCCAGGACCUGAUGGAGCACCAGAUCUUCAUUUCUGUUCAGGAGAACCAGUUCAAACGAAACGGCAGGGGGGACUUUGGUACUUUCUUCUUCUGA